CCCAGUCCAAACCCCAAACAUUUUCUUCUCCAGCGCGCACCCAAAAAAAAAAUAAAAAAAAAUCCUCCACCUCCAGCUCCGCUUCAUUACUCCUCGCCUCUUCCGCGCCGGGAAGGAGUUUAAAUCCGCCCCCAAACCCUACCCGCCUCCCUCCCAUCCCUGCCUCCCCUCACCCAAUCCAAUCCUCUGCUCGCCUUGUUCUCCUCCCGGCGGCGGCGUGGUUUGUGCGCGCACACCAGGUGUUCGACGGGAGUCCUCGCCGGCGCGGAAGAUGUACGUCGUCAAACGGGACGGCCGCCAGGAGACGGUGCACUUCGACAAGAUCACGGCGCGCCUCAAGAAGCUCAGCUACGGCCUCAGCCAGGACCACUGCGACCCCGUCCUCGUCGCGCAGAAGGUCUGCGCGGGGGUCUACAAGGGCGUCACCACUAGCCAGCUCGAUGAGCUCGCCGCCGAGACCGCCGCGGCCAUGACCGCGUCCCACCCCGACUACGCCUCGCUGGCGGCGAGGAUUGCUGUGUCGAACCUGCACAAGAACACAAAGAAGUCCUUCUCGGAGACGAUUAAGGACAUGUACAUGCACUUCAACGAGAGAUCUGGGCUGAUGGCACCUCUAGUCGCUGAAGAUGUUUAUGAAAUCAUCAUGAAGAAUGCUGCUCGCUUGGACAGCGAGAUAAUUUAUGAUAGGGAUUUCGACUAUGAUUACUUUGGCUUCAAAACUCUGGAGAGGUCUUACCUCUUGAAGCUUGGUGGGAAGGUUGUCGAAAGGCCACAGCACAUGCUCAUGAGGGUGUCAGUGGGUAUACACAAGGAAGACAUUGAGUCUGCCAUCAGGACGUACCAUCUGAUGUCCCAGCGCUGGUUUACACAUGCUUCACCUACCCUUUUCAACGCUGGCACACCGAGGCCCCAAUUAAGCAGCUGUUUUCUUAUAUGCAUGAAAGAUGACAGCAUUGAGGGAAUCUAUGAAACCCUGAAGGAGUGUGCUGUAAUAAGCAAAUCUGCUGGAGGAAUUGGUGUCUCAGUUCAUAAUAUCCGUGCUACUGGGAGUUAUAUUCGAGGAACAAAUGGAACAUCGAAUGGAAUUGUUCCUAUGUUACGCGUCUUUAAUGAUACUGCUCGCUAUGUUGAUCAGGGUGGUGGCAAAAGAAAGGGUGCUUUUGCUGUAUACUUGGAGCCUUGGCAUGCUGAUAUUUUUGAGUUCCUUGAUCUGAGAAAGAACCAUGGGAAGGAGGAAAAUCGUGCAAGGGAUCUUUUCUAUGCGCUAUGGGUUCCUGAUCUAUUCAUGCAAAGAGUCCAGAAUAAUGGAGAAUGGUCAUUAUUUUGCCCUAAUGAAGCUCCAGGGUUGGCUGAUUGCUGGGGUGAGGAGUUUGAUAAUUUGUACAAGAAAUAUGAGAGCCAAGGCAAGGCAAAGAAAGUUGUUCCAGCACAGACCCUCUGGUUUGACAUUUUGAAGGCACAAAUAGAGACCGGUACACCAUAUAUGCUUUACAAGGAUACUUGCAAUAGGAAAAGUAAUCAGCAGAAUCUGGGCACAAUUAAAUCGUCAAACUUGUGCACUGAGAUAAUUGAAUUUACAAGCCCUAAUGAAACUGCUGUCUGCAACCUAGCAUCUAUUGCUUUACCUCGUUUUGUCCGGGAAAAGGGUGUUCCUUUAGAGUCCCAUCCAUCUAAGCUUGUGGGUAGCAGUGAUUCAAAAAAUAGAUAUUUUGAUUUUGAGAAGCUAGCUGAGGUUACCUCAACUGUUACUUACAAUCUUAACAAAAUUAUCGAUAUUAACUACUAUCCUGUUGAGACAGCAAAGAGAUCAAAUAUGCGGCACCGGCCAAUUGGUAUAGGUGUUCAAGGCCUGGCAGAUACUUUCAUAUUACUGGGCAUGCCAUUUGAUUCACCAGAGGCUCAACAGUUGAACAAGGAUAUAUUUGAAACUAUCUACUAUCAUUCUCUGAAAGCUUCUGCUGAACUUGCUGCUAAAGAAGGUCCCUAUGAAACAUAUGAAGGGAGCCCUGUCAGCAAGGGCAUUCUCCAACCUGACAUGUGGGAUGUAGUGCCAUCUAACAGAUGGAACUGGCCAUCUCUAAGGGAGACCAUUUCUAAAGUUGGGAUAAGAAAUUCUCUUCUUGUUGCUCCAAUGCCCACUGCUUCCACUAGUCAGAUUCUUGGCAACAAUGAGUGCUUUGAACCCUACACGUCUAAUAUAUACAGCCGACGGGUUCUAAGUGGGGAAUUUGUUGUGGUUAACAAGCAUCUUCUUCAUGAUCUGACUGAAAUGGGCAUUUGGACUCCUACUCUGAAAAACCAGAUAAUAUAUGAUGAUGGUUCUGUCCAAAAGAUAGCAGAAAUACCAGAUGAUCUUAAAGCAAUCUACAAGACUGUCUGGGAGAUCAAGCAGAAAACUUUAGUUGAUAUGGCGGUUGACCGUGGAUGCUAUAUUGACCAGAGCCAGAGCCUCAAUGUCCACAUGGAGCAAGCAAACUUUGGGAAGCUAACAUCACUUCACUUCCAUGCUUGGUCCAAGGGCCUGAAAACUGGAAUGUACUAUCUACGCACACGAGCUGCUGCUGAUGCGAUCAAGUUUACAGUUGAUACCACACUUCUAAAGGAGAAUGGGAAUGUGGUGAGUAAUGGAAAGCCCACAGAGGAAGACGUAGAAGCUAAAAUGGCACAAAUGGUCUGUUCUUUGAACAACCGGGAAGAGUGCAUGGCGUGUGGAAGCUAGACUGGAGCUCCAUCUGGAGUUCUGGACACCGCACUUCCUUAUUUGUGACCACAACAUUAUAUACCACCGGCUGAUUAUUGGAGCUCAAUAACCAUAGCGAAUUCUGUGAUGUAGGUUGAAUUAAAAAUUCCCAUAAUGGGAAAUAUCUUGUUCCCUGGAUACAGCUACGGAUCUCUGGUUUGUAUUGCUCUACUGAGAUUUAUGCUGCCGGCCUGCAGCCAAUGUAUAUAUCUACUUCUAUCAACGACAUUGCCCUAUUGGUGUGUGCUGUCUGCUGUGUGAACUGUGCAAUAUUCUUUGCAUAUGGUCGAGUUUAUCAUCACAAACAAUUGGCUCGAGCAAGAAAUAAUUCACGUUUUCCAUGGUGGGAGACCAUGCUUGUUA